AUGUGGAGGACUUCUUUUAAUUUGUUCAAACAUGGCAUGGUGCCAGCAGUUCGCGCGAAGAUGGGUGGUUUUCGCUUUAUUAGAUCCACUAGGUUGAUGGGUCCGUCAUUAUGUUUCUAUAGUUCCACCGUGGGCGGCGGUGGAAGUGAGAAUGGUGUUGAUUGUAAUGGAAAUGGAAAUACGAUGACGUAUGCUGAAGCAAAGAGGCUGAUGAGGCUGGUGAAUGUGGAGGCAUUGAAGGAGAAGCUAGGGAUGGAUAAUAAGGAAAUGAUUUUAUACUCUGAGCUUUUACUGGCCUGUGAGAGCUAUGGUGUAGCCAAGUCGGCCGAUGAGGCCGCCGCCUUCGCUCGAGUUCUUGAUGAGGCCGGCGUCAUUUUACUGUUCCGCGACAAAGUCUACCUGCACCCCGAUAAGGUGGUUGACCUUGUUAGAAAGGCAGUGCCUCUUGCUCUUUUACCUGAAGAUGACCCGAGUAAGUAUGAGCUGAAGAAGUUGCAAGAGAAGAAAGAAGAGAUCGAUGUUCUAGCUCAUAAGCAGGUACGCCGUAUUUUGUGGACUGGGCUGGGGCUUGCUGUGUUGCAAGUUGGGCUCUUCUUUCGUCUAACUUUCUGGGAAUUUUCUUGGGAUGUUAUGGAGCCAAUUGCAUUUUUCGCAACCGCAACUGGGAUAGUCAUAGGCUAUGCUUACUUCCUAAUCACUUCAAGGGACCCGACUUACCAAGACCUGCUGAAGAGGCUCUUUCUUUCAAGGCAAAGGACGCUAAUUAAGAAGCAUAAUUUUGAUGUUCACAAGUUUGUGGAAUUACAGAAGAAAUGCAAAUUACCUGCGCGCACAUGUGUCUCUCUCAAAAAGCAGAUGGGGAUAGUAGAAGAACCAGAGGAUCUUUUACCUGGCCAUUGA